AUUAAAAAUCAACUUUUGCAGCGCGCCCCGCGCAGCGUGGUAACUGAAUAAAAUGCGGCGGUUGUGGGCGGCGAUGAUUUGUGGGGUUAGUGUGUGGUGGCUUAUCCCGGGAGCCACGACGGCAGCGGGGCACAACAUCACCAGCAUCCUAGAGAACAAGCCAGAGCUGAGCAGCUUCAGUAGUUACCUGACGGAGACAAACCUGACCGCCGAAAUCAACCGCCGCGAGGGGAUAACCGUGUUGGCGGUAGACAAUGCGGCCAUGGAAGCUCUAGCCGGCGGCGGCAACCGGACACUAGAAUCGAUCAAGGACGUCCUCCUACUCCACGUCCUCGUCGACUACAUCGACGGCGCCGACAACGAGACCGGCCGCGGCGCAGUUGCUGUGCCUACUUUGUGCCAGGGGACGAGCACGAAUCUGGGCUCGGACGGCUUCGUCAAUGUGGUGCGAGCGCCGCAGGCGGGCGGCGGAGAAUCAGUGGCGUUCCUGCCGGUCAAUGUGGUCAACCCGACGAGCCUAGAGCCGCUGCCCGCUUUUGUUGAGUCCGUUGAGAAGGUGCCUAACAGCAUUUCCGUGAUCCAGAUCUCCCACUUCUUGACCUUACCGCACAAGUAGAGUAAAUUUACCAAAUAGUGCAAACAAAGACUGUCAAUUUUAAAAUACAAGUAU